GGCCACAUCAAGCCGGUGACAGCUCGGUCACGUGGUUUGCGGGCCGAUGACGACACCAUGUAGUGGGGCUGACUUUGCUGUAGUUCACUUUUUCUUCUUCCUAAUCCUGCGCAUCCCGACAGCGGACGGCGGAGACGGAUCGGGGUCGAAAUGUCCCAUCAGACUGGAAUACGAGCUUCUGUGGAAGUGAGAAAUCUGUUUGCGAAAGCGAAGAAUGGAAACUAUCGACUCCUAAAAAUAGUGAUUGAGAAUGAGCAGCUUGUGAUGAGCGCCACCCAUAAUGCAACGCGAAGGUGGGACCAAGAGUAUGACUUGCUCGUGCUCCCUGUGCUGCAAGACGACAUGCCUGCCUAUGUCUUGUACCGCCUGGACUCCACCAACAGCCAGGGCUAUGAGUGGAUCCUCUUGGCUUGGUCACCUGACCAGUCAUCUGUGCGUCAGAAAAUGUUAUACGCUGCAACUCGGGAAACGCUGAAGAAGGAGUUUGGAGGCGUCCAUAUUAAGGAUGAGAUUUUUGGCACCGCAAGGGAUGAUGUGUCUCUCAGCGGCUAUAGGAAGUACCUGAGUUCCCAGGCCGGCCCCUUGCCCCUAACGGCGGCUGAGGAGAUGCUCAAGCAGAUCAGGCUUAAUGAGAUGGACAUCAGCCUGAAGGGCAAACAGCAGACACUGCAGGGCGUGGCUUUUCCUGUCCACCAGGACGCCACUCGCGCUCUGGAGCAGUUCCGAGAGAAGAAGCUGACCUAUGUUCAGCUGGAAAUAGAUUUCCCGAACGAAACGAUCAAGCUGUCAGACGCGACGCCCACCGAGCUGAAGGACCUGCCGAAAAGGAUCCCCAAAGACUCCGCCCGCUAUCAUUUUUUUCUGUACAAGCAUAGCCACGCAGGCAGCUACCUGGAAUCCACGGUGUUCAUCUACUCUAUGCCUGGUUAUAAGUGUAGCGUCAGAGAGAGGAUGCUCUACUCCAGCUGUAAAAGUCCCCUUCUCAACACCGUGGAAAAAAAUCUUCAUAUCCAAAUAGCGAAAAAGCUGGAGGUCAGCACUGGGGACGAACUGACCGGCGACUUCCUGUAUGAGGCGCUACACCCCCAGUCAGAAUGUACACAGACAGAACUUGGCCAAGCCUAGGGGCCCGACAGGGACGUGUGGUGUGCCCAGAAUGGUGCACCCCCCAAGGAGAAGCAACACAAAGGACUAAAGCUACCCCCCCCCCCCCUGCCUCCCCCAUGCGGUGACACCAAUGCCUUUAACCCUCUCAAUAACCCCAAUUUUGUCCCACUUACUAGCAAAAAUAUGCGAUAUAAGGGAUAUUGUGUUUCUGUGAUAUUUUAAAAACUAGACUUGCUUUUUAAUUUUAAAAAAAAAAAAAAAACAGCAAGAAGCUGAUUUGUAGAUUUGAACAUUAUAUGGGAAAUCAGGGAGGAAGAGAGACUGAAGAGCAGUUUAUUCAAUAAACUGCAUUCGUGUUCAUAAAUAGGAUUUGUGCUCAUUUUAACGCCCCACAUUUCUGCUGACCGGUGUCGUUUUUGCAGGUCUCUUGAUAUACUGUUUAAACAACUGGUCAUAGGUUGCUGUAGGUGUACUGUCAGUACUGUAUUUCCUAGUUCCCAGGCACUAAUAUUGGCGAGAUACAAGUCAUUCUGUUCAUAGUUAUUCAUAAAGGGAAGACCACUUACCUAGACAUCGUUUUGUUGUUUGUUUGUUUUAAGACAGUUAUGUUGCAGUCUUGUCUUUUAUAUAUAUUCCUUGUUUAAAAGGCAAAAAAUAAAUUUCAUUUUCACAUUGCUAA